UUCUUUACAAAAAAACCCUUGAAGAACCAUAAUUUUAAGAGUGUAGUUUAGUAGUUGGUACUUACAUGCAUUUGUUCAGAGAAUGUCCAGUGUGAAUUUAUUUUUGUCUUAUGUUCAACACAUUCUUUCUAGUCUUCUGGGGAAGUGUUGAAAUAAGGAUCCAUUAAUUUUUUAAAGGGCCAAAAGUAUGUGGACACUAUGUGCUUGAUUUUAUAAACCUGUUAGCUAUGUGUAUGGCUGAAACACCGGAACUCAAUAAUUAGAAGAGUAUAUGUCCACACACUUUUGGCCAUAUAGUGAAUAAAAGAAAUAUUCUAAGCUUUCAAACAGUAUACAAAAAAAUCUGAUAAAUUUAAAUUAUAAGGUAACCAGCUGCAUAAUUUUACCUAGUUUAGUGAAAAGGUACCCCCCGUCCUGCACGUUUUAGUGUUUUCCCUUCUCCCAGCACACCUGAUCCUACCAAUCAGUUAAUUAGCAAGCCAUUUCGGAGCUGAAGUGGGUGAUUUAAGGCUGGACAACACAAAAAAAAACUGUACUCCAGGACCAGGGCUGGGAACCUGUGACCUAGAGAUCAUGAGGUUAAAUCCCAGUGAUACCACAUCCCUCUGUGGUUGGGAGUCUUAGAGGAGGAAACACUGAGUCAUCUCUGGCACAAGGGGCACCAUGUGAUAGCAGGAGUUCUGGCCUAUGGGAAAGAAUUGCAUAUGACCAAAUUGAGGGGAGGGAAUGAAAAUCUAACAAAGAUUUUGACAAUUUGUAAAGAGCAAACUACAUUCAUUGUGUAUUUUCUGAGAAAAAUCAACUUGAACUAUAAUUAAGAAAUUGGAGCUUUUGAGCACAGUCUUUAAAAAAAGUACCACAAAUGUUUCCUUGAGCAUUUGCAUUUCCAAGAACCACUUUUGGUUUCCUACAGAACCAUUUCUGUAAAUGAGAAGCGUGAGUGUAAGGAACCUUUUAAAGUUUUAAAGAACUUUUAUAUAAUAUAAAUUAUGUUUACCAAUGUAAGGGUGCUUCCUAGAACCUUUACAUUCUGUGGUGAUUCUUUAAACUUUAAAAGGUUCUUCAUACACAAUUAUUUACAAAGAAUUGUUCUCUAGAGAACCAUCCACUGAAAAAAUCUUUAAGGGAUCAAAAGUUGGCACCUUUAUUUUUACGGUCUUCACACAUAUCUGGAUAUUUUUAAAAAUAUUUUUUUUCUCGGUUUUCAAAAAAAGCUUCAACCACACCAACAACAUUUUAAAAAAUCUCUCAGUCCAAACAAUAAACCAAAAAUGACUCGAAAGUGCUCACAUUAGCAUUUUAGCCCAGUGGAUGUGAUAACACCUCAUAAAAGUUGAUGCUGUACAGCGACCCUCCAUUCUCAGUGGCUGAAAACAUCGUUUUCAUGUGGACAGGAGGCCAAAAUGCAGAGAAAAAAUUACCUGGAUAUGUGCACAGGACCUAAGAGUGAAAUUAUUGAGUCAAGUUGAGAUUGCUUAACACUCUAAUGUCUAAUCCAAAUAGCCUGUCUUAUGUAUGUAGAGUGCCAUUUCAACUUUGGCCUUUAAUGAAGAUCUUAAAACUUGUGUUACAAUGCUCGACAAGAAUCAGAUACCAGGGUCAAGACUAUAAACAUCAUUUCAAAAAGUUUCAGUGUGUUUUGAAGUCCAGCAACAAUGUCUAUUCCUGUCUUCCCUCACUUCAGUGGCAUUGUAACACAUACCUCUUCACCAUUAGGUGGAGACUGUGCACCUUUCUCAGUGUUGUCAACAUGAAAAACAGUUACUGAUACAUCGCCAACAAACCCAAUGAGAAUUCCACAGCAAUCAUCUGGCCUCACUAGAGGUUAAAUGGUCUUUAGUGAAUGUGACUUUUGGUGAAAUAGCCUGUAGUCUGUGUGCUUCAACAAAUCUCAGACUAAGUUUCAUGUUUUGUACAUGGUAUUGCUUAGAUCUAGACUGACCUAUUUCUUGACACUGUUUAGUGCACUCCGCCCACUGUAACCUGCACUCAGUAAGAGACACUACCACUCAAGAUAGGGAAGGAAUUGUUUAUUUAAUACUGCACACUAUGAAGGUAAAAGUAACACAAUAUGGGAAACAUAAAAGAUGAGUUGCAGAACACUCUUGAAAACUUGGAGCUCAAACGGUUCCAGUGGUAUCUAAUCAAUGGUGUAGAAGGUUUCCCUCAGAUUCCAAAGGCUCACCUCCAGAAUGCAGAUGUACUCGAGACCGUGGAUAGGAUAGUGGGGACGUUUUGUGACAGUGGAGCUAUGGAGGUCACACUAGCUGUCCUGAAGAAGAUGAACGAGAACCAACUGGCUGAGGAACUCAGGACCAAAUACAGAGGGGCUAAUAUCAAAAGGGAUAAACUAAAGGAAAGGGAAAACGUGAGAAGAUAUUUUCUGGAAAAAUUUGGAAGACUAUAUGACAGGAUUUCACUAGAAGAUGACAAUUUGCUCUUGAAAAACAUCUAUACUGAACUUCAUGUGACUGAAGGCUGCACAGGAGGAGUCAAGAGUGAGCACGAACUAGGACAAAUAGAGGCCUUUUAUCCUAAAUCAAAAGAAACACCAGUCAAAUUCAGUGACCUUUUCAAAGUACAGUCUAAUGUUCAUGGUAUUAAAGUACUUACAUUGGGAAUAGCUGGAGUUGGAAAAACAGCCGCUAUACAGAAGUUUAUUCUUGACUGGGCUGAGAACAAAUCCAACCAGGAUUUAGAUUUCAUUCUGUUUCUUCCCUUUCGAGAGCUCAAUGUGAUCAAAAAUGAAGAGCACAGCCUUUUGGAUCUUCUGCAUUACUUCCAUCAUGAAAUCUGUGGUGAAAACAGUGAGGAGAUGUUUAAAGAUAAUGGUAAUAUGAUAAUUAUAUUGGAUGGAUUGGAUGAAAGUAAAAUUCAACUAGAUUUUAAUCAGAAGAAAGUAUCUAGUGUAACAGAAAAGACCACUCUUGAUAAACUAAUAACAAACCUCAUCAAAGGAGAGCUGCUUCCCUCUGCUCUUAUCUGGAUAACCUCUCGACCAGCAGCAGCCAGUCAGUACAUCGAUCAUUUUUGCAAGUACUUUGACCAUGUUACUGAAAUAUGUGGAUUCAAUGACUCGCAGAAGGAGGAGUACUUCAUAAAGAGAAUCGGAGAUUCAGAUCAAGCCAACAGAAUCAUUUCAUACAUUAAGUCAGUAAGAAGUCUUCACAUCUUGUGUCACAUACCCGUCUUCUGUAAAAUCGCAGCCACUGUGCUUUGGGAAAACAACAAAGCCAUGGUCAGUGCUCCUACAACUCUGACAGAAAUGUACAUUCAUUUUCUCCUGUUUCAGAUGAAGGAAAAUAGUGAGAAAUACAACACAAAAGAAAACAAGGAGAGUACAGCUCCAGCAGUUGAGUGUAAGAGCGGAAGAGUGCUGAAUAUACUGAAGCUUGGAGAGUUAGCCUUUCUGCAGCUACAAAAGGGACAACUCUUAUUUGAUGAGAACGACCUGAAAGAAUGUGGCAUUGAUGUCAAUGAAGCUACAGUGUACUCUGGAGUUUGUACAGAAAUCUUCAAAAGGCUUAAACAUGAGAGGUUCUUCAGCUUUGUGCAUUUGAGUUUUCAGGAGUUUCUUGCAGCCGUAUAUGUAUUCCUCAUGUUCAGUGAUGGACGCAACCCAUUACUUCAAACCCAGGCAGAGAAAAUAACUUGGAAGCUUAAACAUACACUGAAUGAUGCCCUCAAGAUAGCAGUAGAAAGAGCCAUAGAGAGUAAAAAUGGGCACCUGGACCUUUUUAUUCGCUUUCUUCUUGGCCUCUCACUGCAGUCAAAUAAGAGGCUCCUCAAGGCUUUACAGCCAAAACUGGAAAUCAAAGAAGAGAAUCUGAAGGACACCAUAGAUUACAUUAAGAGAAAGAUCAAGAUAACAGCAUCUGAAAAGAGCAUCAAUCUGUUCCACUGCCUCAGUGAACUGAAAGACAGCUCCCUGACAAGUGAAAUCCAGAAUUGCCUGAAUUCUGGAGAGAUCACAGCACAGAAACUCUCACCUACAGAGUGGUCAGCUCUAGUGUUUGAGUUGCUGAUGUCAGAGGACACUCGAGAGACAUUUGAAUUGAGGAAAUACAGACCAUCAGAUGAAGGACUGAGGAGACUACUGCCAGUGGUGAAAAACACGAGACAAGCGCUGUUGGAUCAUUGUAACCUCAAUGAGGACAGCUGUAAAGCUCUGGCAUCAGUUUUCAGUUCAACACUGAAAGAGUUGGACCUGAGUAACAACAGCCUGCAGGAUUCAGGAGUGAAAGAGCUCUGCGAUGGACUGAAGGGAUCAGACUGUAAACUGCAGAAGCUCAGAUUGUCUGGCUGUUUGAUAAAAGAAAAAGGCUGUUGUUUCCUUGCUUCAGUAAUGGCAUCAGUUUUCAGUUCAACACUGAAAGAGUUGGACCUCAGUAACAAUGACCUGAAAGAUUCAGGAGUGCAAGAGCUCUGUGCUGGAUUGGAUAAUUCCAACUGUAAACUGGAGAUACUCAGAUUGUCUGGCUGUAUGAUCACAGAAAAAGGCUGUACUUAUUUGGCUUCAGCUCUGAGUUCAAACCCCUCACACCUGAAAGUACUAGAUCUGACCUACAAUCACCCAGGAGACUCAGGAAUUGAGCUGCUCUCUGCAACAGUGCAGGAUCCAUUGGUGGAACAUGCUGGGGAGAACAGAAUUAAACCAGGCCUAAGAAAGUAUGCCUGCAAGAUCACACUGGACCCGAACACAGCACACACACAGCUCUCUCUGUAUGAGGGGAACAGAAAGGUGGUGUGUGUGAGAGAGCAUCAGUCGUAUCCUGAUCAUCCAGACAGAUUUGAUGACUAUGAGCAGGUGCUGUCUAAAGAGAGUCUGAAUGGACAGUGUUACUGGGAGGCAGAGUGGAGUAAUGAGGCUGAAAUGGCAGUGACGUAUAAAGGAAUUCACAGGAAAGGCAGUAGUGACGACUGCAUGUUUGGACUGAAUGAACAGUCCUGGAGUCUGAUCUUCUCUAAUAACAGUUACUCUGUCUGGCACAAUCAGAAAAGAACGAUCAUACCUAACCCCUCCUUCCCCUCCAACAGAGCAGGAGUGUAUCUGGACUGGCUGGCCGGCACUCUGUCCUUCUAUAGUGUCUCCUCUGACACACAGGCACUGACCCACUUAUACACAUUCCACUCCAAGUUCAUUGAACCCCUCUAUGCAGGGUUCAGAGUUGGUCCUGACUCCCCAGUACGCAUAUGUGAAAUAUAAGUGCCUUCUGUGUCCUAUAGGAAAGCCUGAAUCACUCACUGUCUCACACACAACUAAAGGUGGGCAAUGUGUGAAAAAAAAUAAGAUAUAGUACAGUGCAAAAGUUAGGGACCACCCUUUGUUUAUUUCAUUUCCUGUCAAAAUAGCCAAUAAGUAUACAAGCUAUUCUCUUUUCUGCCUCCUUAAGCAGGAAACAGAAUGUUACACAGUCGUCUCAACAAUUAGGUAUAAUAUCAAAUUUUUUUUCAGUAUGCAGUGUGACUACUCUCAUUAUUACAGCUCCCAUUCUUUCAUUCUUUUCAAGAGACUUGCUUUCAGUUUUUCAAAGAAAUCUGCAGGGGUAUUUUUCCACACACCAAGUUUAGUCUUAGAAGUUGGUUGCAUUUCCUGCUUCUCACAAUCGAAGCAAUCUCAAACACAUGAUGGCCAGUUCAUUGUUUUGUUUUCCACCUUCAGUGGGACACCCAAAUGCCAUUCCUCCACCCACCCUCCAAUCCCACCAGCGUGCAUUACCAUUUUUUUAAAUGCUGCUUUCAAACCAUUUGUCCUGGUUCUAUAGAAUUGCAAUGGUAUUCUCACAACAUAUAUUCAUAAUUAUAGAUUGAGAUAAUACUCAUAAAAGUAAUAAUCAAUUUGACAUUGUAUGUGGAAACACAUACAUAAAGGUGGAAGGGCUUCCAAGAUAAAAUUAAAAAAAAACACAGAAAAGUAAAUGAAACAAAAUUAUUGAACAAAACUGUGCAUUUGCAAUACUGAUUUGAUUGAGUCAAAUGUUUAAAUGACCAAACAUUGUAAACAUUCCAGAAACAUGGAAACAAUCAGUGUAACACUGUAAUCAGUGAAUAUAUAUAUUAGAAUAUAUAGCUUAUAUAAAAGAUAGAAAUAUAAAAUAUAAAAGUUCUCUGGAGCAGUUUGUUCAGCUUUUCUCUUUCUCAAUGGAGCACUUUACUCUGUAGUCAGUCAGCUAGUCAGGUGUGUAUGGAUUAUUGAAUAGAAAACGGUGAACGCUAUUAUUUUUAUGAAUUAACAUCAGUUAAUAAUAUUCAGGAAAGCCUUCAUAAUUCAAUCAAAUAUCUAAUUAGAAUAUCAUAAAACAUAAAACAUUACUUAAACAACAACAAUAUACCAUACCUGCCUCAGCAGAAGUCUGGGGUAAAAAGAACUGAGUGAAUCCACUCUGCACUGUAAACAAUUUCACUGUAAAAAAACAGUAAAGAACUGGCAGCAGCGUUGCCAGGAACUUACCAUUAAAUUAAUGGUAUCCUACUGUUCUAAAAAUGUGCGGUUUAAUACUGUUUUUUUACAAAUACAGGAUACAACCAUAAUUUAGUACUUUUACAGUAUAAUACUGCUAGAGGUUAACAGUUCAUUACCUUUUUUGAUGAGGGUGCACUAACGUUCCUGACAGGUAUAGCUACAGAUUUUUUCUGUACUGCUUGUUAUUCUUGCCAGAAAUGUAACAUGCAUGAAAGGGUUCAUUAUUUCAGUGAACAGUUAACAUGGUAAUUUAAAUCAUGUGACUUAAAAAUGAGACAAAAGCAGAGUAUAUCUUGCAAAAUGUGUUGCUUUAUUGUAAAUAAAGACUUGAUGAUUCCACCUGCAAGCCCUUUGCACAUUUUUCACAUCAGAAAAUGUCAACAAAGGAAAGCAUUUAGGCAUGAAAAUUAACAGCAAAUUAACUUAGACAUUACCCAUAUAAAAUAUGUACUGUUUAAGCUUGUUCUCUUUGGAUGUCAUGUCAGCAAAAACAUAAACUAAUAUUCUUUAUACAACAGUCUACAGCUGUAUAAUCCUGUCUUGUCCUGCUUUGUCUUUCCUUGUUUCUGUUUGUGUCUGCCUUUAUCUUCCCGUCUGCGUCUUGUUCCAUGUGGUUUUGUUUAUGUCUGUCAUGUGCUUUUGUCAUUUUGGUCUGUCUCCUCCCCAGUCAUCUGUCUCACCUGUGUGUAGUCUGUAGCCCUGCCCUAUUGUGGUAUGUUUGUAGGGUGUUUUGCUGAUUCUUAGUUUGAGUAGUUAUUCCUAUGUAUUUUGUUCUCUGUUUUUUUGCUUCUCAUCUCCCAACACGGUACAACAGCUAUGACUACUUUUACUUUUUAAGCAUCUCCAGCUGGCUUUGUCAAGUCAACACAAAAUUUGACCACAAAUUUCCCUCUUCUAGUUGUACUUAUUAUUAAACGUAGACUAAAUGCUAUUACUAGUAGACUACCAUUGGAGUGCAGUUUGGGAGAUUGAUGUCACGUGGUUGCACUGGACUCAGCACUUGGCUUCCUUCAUUGAUUGAGGAAUGGCAAGCUAAACACCUGGAAACAACUAAGAAGGUUGAUUGGAAGAGCUGUUUCUCCUUCAAUAGACAAGAACCAAGUGCAAGCUCCAGUGCAACCAUAUGAAAUCACACUGCAAUAAUGGUGACUCACUAUUAGAGGCAUAUCAGCAGUGGUGGACGAAGUACACAAAUCAUGUACUUAAGUUAGAGAUACCCAAGGCAAAAUAUCACUCCCUUUAGACCUCCACUUGAGUAAAAGUACAAAAGUAUUUGCCUUCAAAUGUACUUAAGUACAGUGACGAAUUACAUUUACUUCGUUACUGUCCACCACUGCAUAUCGGAGACACAGAAGCAAGCCUGGUUAAGACAGUUGGCUGUAUGCCCUUACAGAUGAUGUGUCCCUCACGACUGAUCUUACAGCAUUCAAUACAGAUUGCUGUUUUCUCACCUGGAAAAAAAAAAACAAAAACAAAUGAAGAGUUAUC